CUUCUAACCCAACGUCUACGUAAAAACCAUAGCCACCGUCCCUCUCGGUCUCAGUCAGUGCCAAAACCCAAAACCUCACUAACACCAUGAAGUUCCAGGUCGAAGACGUGACGGUCUACUUCCCGUACGACCACUUAUACCCGGAGCAAUACACCUACAUGCUCGAGCUCAAGCGCGCCCUCGACGCCAAGGGCCAUUGCCUCCUCGAGAUGCCCACCGGCACCGGCAAAACUAUCGCCCUCCUCUCCUACACUCUCUCCAAACCCCAAAACCCCGUCAAGCUAAUCUACUGCACCCGCACGGUUCACGAAAUGGAGAAGACGCUCGCCGAGCUCAAGCUCCUCCACAAUUACCAGGUCAAGCAUCUGGGUCCGCAGGCCCAGAUCUUGGCGGUCGGGCACUCGUCGAGGAAGAAUCUGUGUGUUAAUUCGACCGUGUUGGCGGCGAAGAAUCGGGAUUCUGUGGAUGCGGCUUGCCGGAAAUUGACUGCCAGCUGGGUCAGGAACUUGGCGGCGGAAAACCCAAAUGUGCCAACUUGUGAGUUUUAUGAGGAGUACGAGAAAGCUGGGUCUGGAGCUGUUUUGCCUCCUGGGGUUUAUAUUGCAAGUGAUUUGAGGGCGUAUGGGAAGUAGAGAGGGUGGUGCCUCUACUUCUUGGCGAGGCAUAUGGUGCAGUUUUCGAAUGUGGUGGUUUAUAGUUAUCAGUACAUGCUUGAUCUUAAAGUGGCUGGGAUUAUUUCCAAGGAAAUGCAAAAGGAGUCUGUUGUGGUGUUUGAUGAGGCUCAUAAUGUCGAUAAUGUGUGUAUUGAAGCGCUUAGUGUUAGUGUGAGGAGGCAGACAAUUGAGGGUGCCACGAGGAAUCUUAGUAAGAUGCAGCAUGAAAUUGAAAGGUUCAAGGCCACUGAUGCAGAUAGAUUGCGUAAAGAAUACAACCGGCUAGUUGAGGGUUUGGCACAAGGAGGAAACCUACCUAUCACAGAUACUUGGCUUCAAAAUCCUGCUCUACCUGAUGAUAUUUUGAAGGAGGCUGUGCCUGGAAAUAUUCGUAAAGUGGACCAUUUUGUGCAUGUGUUACGAAGAUGGGUCAAUCAUCUGGAAGUCCGUCUUGAAACCGAGAAUGUUGAGAAGGAAGGCCCAGUUAGUUUUGUUGCCACUAUCAGUUCACAAGCUGGAAUUGACCAGAAAACUCUGAAGUUUUGUUAUGAUCGCCUACACUCACUAAUGAUGACGUUAGAAAUUACUGACACAGAUGAAUUCUUACACAUUCAAACGAUUUGCAACUUUGCGACACUUGUGGGGACAUACACUUGUGGAUUCUCUAUUAUAAUUGAACCAUUUGAUGAGAGAAUGCCACACAUUCCUGAUCCUGUUUUACAGGUUAUCUUUUCAUAUUUGGUAUUCCAUCUUUGUUGUCAUGAUGCUUCACUUGCCAUAAAGCCUGUAUUUGAUCGAUUUCAAGCAGUUGUGAUUACAUCUGGAACCUUGAGCCCAAUUGAUCUCUACCCCCAUCUUAAUUUCCAUCCUGUCAUCAGUCGAAGUUUUACUAUGUCAUUAACAAGAGAUUACAUAUGCCCAAUGGUUCUCACCCGUGGAUGUGAUCAGCUUCCGGUAAGUACCAAAUAUGAUAUGAGAAGUGAUCUUGGCGUGGUAAGGAACUAUGGGAGGUUGCUGCUGGAGAUGGUUUCUGCUGUUCCAGAUGAGGUUGUAUGUUUUUUCGUCUGUUACUCUUAUAUGGAUAUGAUAGUCAAUAGCUGGAAUGAAAAUGGAAUUUUGAAGGAAAUAAUGCAGCAUAAGCUUGUUACCAUCGAGACCCAAGAUGUGGUAGAGACUACUUUGGCUCUCGACAAUUAUCGUAAGGCUUGUGACUGUGGGAGGGGUGCUGUCUUCUUGUCUGUUGCCAGGAAAGUAGCUGAAGGAAUAGACUUUGAUCGACAUUAUGGACGAUUGGUGAUCAUGUUUGGCAUUCCUUUCCAGUACACAUUAAGCAAGAUUUUGCUUGCACGGCUGGAAUAUUUGCGGGAUACCUUUCAAAUAAAGGAGGGAGACUUUUUGACAUGUGAUGCCUUGAGACAAGCAGCUCAAUGUGUAGGCCGAGUCAUCCGGUCAAAAGCGGACUAUGGCAUGAUGAUUUUUGCUGACAAAAGAUAUAGCCGUCAUGACAAGCGAUCCAAAUUGCCUGGAUGGAUACUGUCGCAUUUACGUGAUGCACAUCUGAACUUGAGCACGGACAUGGCUAUGCAUAUAGCACGAGAGUUCCUUAGGAAGAUGGCUCAAUUAGGCAGCGGUAAGAAAACCCUUUUAUCCCAACAAGACAUAGAGAAGAUGGGCGAAAGCAUUGCUAAUGAUUUGCUGAGUUUAGGACUCUGCCUGAAAGCAAAGUGAGUGUCGCGGUUUGUGGGCUAUUGGUUCUUCAUUAGCUAAUUAUCAGUCCUACAAGGAGGAGUUUGGCCAACUUAGGAGAUUUUGUUAUCGGUCAUCUGAGCAGUUACUUACCGGAGCAUGGCACAGCCUUACGAUAAAAAUUUCACUCAAAUUCAAUUUUCCGGGGUUCAGGAUUGAAAUAAGUUGUACGAAUUCAGUCUUGUAGAUUUUUCGCUUGUAGUUUGUCUUUGAACCUCAAUUAUAUAGCUAGAGCUGCAUUUUUGGACCUCA